CAAUGCACUGCGUGAUACAGCAAUGCAUCUUGGGAUAAAGAAGGUGCCACCGUAAUGUUCUAAAGUCCGUGGACGUGAGAUGAAUUUAUUGAUCUCAAUUUUUCUAAAAGCCUUUUAGAAAAGCGGUACUGAGCGGUAACACUAUUAUCAGACUCUUCUGAGGUCUUGUAACUUGCAGAAACCGUGGCGACCAUGGGAGCAGACAAAAGAAUUGGUCGGACCGAGCGUAGUGGUAGAUACGGGUCUGACCAGUCUCGUGAUGAGUCAGAUUGGCGCGAUAGACGAGAGAGGGACCAAGAGCGUGACCACAACAUGCGCCGCUGGGGGGAGGAGAGACGUGGCGACCGUUAUGAAGGAGAACGCCGGGGAUCAAGAGACAGUCCUGAGCCACGAGAGAGGAAAAGACGCAACAGUGAUCGAUCAGAAGACGGUUAUCAGUCUGAUGGUGACUACCCAGAGCAAGACUAUAGAAGGGAGCCUGGGGAGGAGAAGAAGAGCAAGACUAUCAUGCUCUGGGGCCUGCCUCCCCAUGUCACAGAGGAUGAUGUCCGUUUUUCCAUAGAUCAACUGGAGGGACCACAGCCAGUGGAUGUCAGGCUGAUGAAAAAGAAAACAGGUAUAAGCCGUGGUUUCGCCUUCGUGGACUUUUAUCACUUGCAAGAUGCUUCCCGAUGGAUGGAGACCAAUCAGAAACGUCUGCUCAUACAAGGCAAAAAUGUGGACAUGCACUACAGUCAUCCCAGAAACAAGUUUGAAGACUGGUUAUGCAACACUUGUGGCCUGUACAAUUUCCGGAGGAGGCUGAAGUGCUUCAGGUGUGGAGCAGCCAAAACUGAAGGUGAAACCAGCCAUAAUCCAGGCGUCUCUGAAAGUCAACCCAGUGGAGAUUUCUAUGGUGACACAAUUAUCCUGAGAAAUAUUGCUCCACUUACCACUGUGGAAGCCAUCAUGACAGCCCUGGCACCAUAUGCUAACCUUUCACCUAACAACAUUCGCCUCAUCAAGGACAAGCAGACGGGCCAGAACAGAGGCUUUGCCUUUGUGCAGCUGUCCUCUCCUCUGGAGGCCUCUCAGCUACUAACCAUCUUACAAGGACUGCAGCCUCCUUUGAAACUAGAUGGAAAAACAAUUGGUGUUGAUUAUGCCAAGAGUGCUAGAAAGGACCUUGUGCUACCAGACGGGAACCGUGUCAGUGCCUUCUCUGUGGCCAGCACAGCCAUUGCUGCAGCCCAGUGGUCCUCAAGUCAGCCACAGCAGAACUCUGAUGGUUUAUCUGAAUACAGCUACCUGCAAGAAGGAUAUCAUCCAAUGUCACAGGAUUACCCGACAUUCUUCCCACAAGCACCAGGAGCCAGCCUUUCUCAGGGAAAUGGGAUUUUAGGAGCUGCCCCCGGUGUCAAGAUUGUUCCUACUGCAGCUGGAGUUGUAAUCUCACAGGGUGCCCAAGUCUACCAGCCUCACAUAAUUGCUCAGGCUGCUGUUCAGGCUGUGCCACUUGUUCAGCAACUGGAGGCAAAGCCCACUUCGGGCCUCGAACCAGCAACUGUGCCUGUUGCCACAGUUGCUGCUGCCACUGUUACUGCUGCCAGUACUGUAACGGUCUCAGGAGAAGCAACUGACGUCAAGACUGCUGUACCUGAUACAUCAACCUAUCAGUACGAUGAGUCAUCUGGCUAUUAUUAUGAUCCUCAAACUGGGCUCUACUAUGACCCGAAUACACAUUAUUACUACAACUCUCAGACCCAGCAGUACCUUUACUGGGACUGUGAGAAACAGACAUAUGUACCAGCCCCAGCUGACACAAAUGCUUCACAAAAUGAAACAGCAGCAGGCAGUAAAGAACCGAAAGAAGGCAAAGAAAAAAAGGAAAAGCCCAAAAGCAAAACAGCCCAGCAGAUUGCUAAAGACAUGGAACGUUGGGCUAAAAGUCUCAAUAAGCAGAAAGAGAACUUCAAAAGCAGCUUUCAGCCUAUUAGUCAAGAAGAGAGGAAGGAAGCAGCGGCUGCUGAUGCUGGCUUCACACUGUUUGAAAAGAAGCAAGCGGGAACUCUAGAUAGACUCAUACCAGAGUUGUCAAGGGUUCAUGAAGAGGAGCCAGCACUCAACGCUGUCAACGCUUCAAAGUGUGGCCUUGUGGCAGCCUACAGUGGAGACAGUGACCCUGAGGAAGCGGGAGCAGAGCCUGAUGGUGGUGAAGGAGGACAGGACAAACUGACUGACUGGAAUAAGCUCGCCUGCCUGCUCUGCAGGAGACAGUUCCCCAACAAAGAAAGCUUGAUUCGACAUCAGCAACUCUCUGACCUUCACAAGAAAAACCUAGAGGUUCUUCGCAGAUCCAAAAUGAGCGAAGCUGAACUAGAAGAGCUGGAGAGAAAGGAGACAGAGUUGAAAUACAGAGACAGAGCAGCUGAGAGGAGAGAAAAAUAUGGCAUCCCUGAACCACCUGCACCAAAAAAGAAGAAAUACAGCCAGCCAACACCAGUCAUUAACUAUGAACAACCCACCAAAGAUGGUCUGAACAGUGACAAUAUUGGGAACAAAAUGCUACAAGCCAUGGGCUGGAAGGAGGGGAAAGGACUAGGCCGUCACCAGCAGGGCAUCACUGCACCAAUUGAGGCACAGUUAAGAACAAAAGGAGCUGGACUUGGCACUAAAGGCACCAACUACACCCUCUCUGCCUCAGACACUUACAAAGACGCAGUCCGAAAAGCUAUGUUUGCCCGCUUCACUGAAAUAGAAUAGGUUGCCUCAACCUCAAGUGAGUGAUCAUCUUGGUCUGCAGGUGCUUUGCAUCUUUUAGAGGUGGAAGUCCUUUGAGGCUGCAUGAGCACCGACGUGGACCUGACUGGGAAGUAACAGAUGGUUCUCCUUUAUUGGUUUUCUCUCAUGUAAGAUCUGAAAUGAAUAUACCUCUUUCAAUAAGUCGGAAAAUACAAAUAACCUGUAACGUAGGUAUAUUAAAAUGACUUGUAUAAUUUAUGAAUGUACAUAUGCACAGUAAGCUGUCCUCCCUAGUUUACAUAUUUCUUUUCUAUUUCUUCUCUUUAUGGCAUUUUUCUUUCAGUAUGUUGAAGGUUGUACAGUUUAUACAAGCUCUUGUUUGUACAGAAAAUAAACAGUGUGAGUGAUGGUCA